GUCCAAAUGAUUUGAAAACCUAACUCGUGACAAAAACAAAUCACAGCAAAAUACUUUUCAUACAUAUAAAUGAACACAUUCCCGAAUAUUUAAAUUCAAUUUUUGUAAAAAUUAUUUUCCCCUCAACAUUUUUAUCGGACUAACUUAAACAAAUUGAUCAGGUACUGAAACUGUUAUGACAGUACAUGUUCCAUACAGUGCAUGGAGUGAACAAUGUCGCGCAUUACUCGAAGUUUAUUGUAAGCUAGACGCCCUUUGUGUUUGUGAUCAUGGGAGCCGUGUGCUUGGCAGUGCAUUUAAAAUCCCAGAAUUUGCGAAUAUUACCAAUUUAAGCACAAAUCAAGUUCGCGCUAUACGUCUUGUCAUGGCUAAAAUCAGUGGUACACAAAAGCCAACUAUUGAUUUCUUGAAUGAUCGUUUUGUAGUUGUUGAUGCUAACAGUGAAAUGUUAUCAGCUAAAUCUGGUAAAAAGAGUUUAUUUGUUGAACUGACAAAAACAUUGUGCAUAUUUGGUUUGGCUAUGGAUACAGAGACUGAAAAUAAACAUUCUGUUGGUCUAGCAGCAAUGCGUGAUAUACAGAAAUACUAUGAAGAUGCAGAAUUUUGAAUUUACUCUGAUUAUUUAUUUAUUUGAAUAAUAUCUAUUUUAAAGAAGGACCUAUUCAAUAAUAUUUUAUAGUAAAGUGCAUUGCUCUUCCUUUUUAACAUACAUAAAGCGUGUGUAAAAUGUAAAUAAUAUGAA